CAGCGAGCGUUUGUCCAUUGUCCCCAAAACCCAAGCACCGGAACACCGAUUGGGAUUUUGGGAAUGCGUUGAAAUUCUACCAAAAACCCUAGAAAUUUGCCUGAAGAUUUCCAUGGCGCCAACGAAUCACCAAGGAAACAAGCCCUCCUCCGGCCAGCCACUGUAUCCUCCGCCCUUUCCUUCACAUCAUUCCACCAGAAAACGCCUCCUCGACGGCUCUCCCUCGAAUUCGACGUCGUUUGAAUCAUCCUCGUUGGAUCAAUUACCCAAGCGGAUAACUCGAGACCUACCCAAUUUAUCCGACUGCCAUGGCUGCCGGACUCGGGUCAACCACACAAACCCGAAGGAUCGACUCCAAACCCUAGACAGUUAUUGGCGAAUCGUCCUCCUCUGUAAGAAGUGUAUCAAAUUUGUCAGUUCCGCACAAAUAUGCUCCUACUGCUUUAAGGAAACCCUGAACUUGGAUUGCUUCACAUGCGGCCGCUGCAAAAGGUGUAUCCAUAAGGACUGCGUUCUGAGGUAUGAUCAUUCUAGCCCCUGGUCUUAUAGCUGUAAGGAGAGAGGACCGGAAUUGGAAUUCUCAGUUUGUAUAGAUUGUUGGGUUCCUAAGUCGCUUAAGAAUUCAAAAGUUUGUAGGAGUAUUGAUAAAUCACUGUCAAAACCGCUUUCUACUGGGACUGACCCUAAGGUUUCUUUGAAUGAUAAUGAUGCCAAUUCAUUGCAAAAGUUCACAACUGAUGCGAAUGCUGAGGCCAAGAAGAAGAAUUUGGUUUCCACUAAAGAAAAAGAGAAGGCUUUAAGAGAAGUGGUGGCAGCAAAAAGUGUGAUGGACAUGACAAAGAAUGCAAUGGGACUAGCUGCUAACAAUGAAUCGAAUGGUGACAUAAAUGGUGGGUUGAUUGUUAGUAAUAGUAUAAGUAGCAGCAGUAGUAGCAGUAGUAGUACUAAUGGUGCUAGUGCUACCAAGAAUGACAAUGAUGCAAAAUUGGUUUUUCAAUUGCAUCGUGCUAUAAAUAGUUCUCCUCGGAUUUCAAAAGAUUUGCACUUGACAAACACAGAUAAUUUCCCUGUUCCAAAAGCUAUGGAUUGGAAGAGUUUAAUUAGUAAACCAGUGGAGUUAGGCAAGACUACUCAGUAUGGUGAAGGUGAGAAGAUUGUGGUGUAUAGAAGAACUAGACUAAGAGAAAAAAUUAGUGCGAGCAUGUCAGAAGCUUCAGUUUGUGCUAGGGACAAUGAGAUUGGCUCUUCUAUUGAUUUGUGCCAGACAGAUGCCAAGUUAAUAGCCAUUUCAGGGGCUUCAGUUUAUGCCAAGGACAAAGACACUUGUUAUUUUGAUUUGGGCAGGAUUGAACAUAAAGUAAAAACGUAUAAGAGGACUAGAUUCAAGAGGAAAGAGCUCCAUGUAAAUGACAGGGAUGAUUUCUUUGUUAGUGUUGUUGAAAAGUGCAAUUUUGGUGGUGGCAGUAGAGUGGUUUCUGAGUCUCAGUCUUGUCAGCAUGAUGAUUUGACUCAGGAGGCACAUCAGUGUGAACUGAGGAUUCCAUUCCCAGUCAAAUGUGAUGGUGAUGUUACCUUGCAGACUGAGAGAUGCAAUGCAAAGGAGGGCCGUUACUUGUUAAAAUACUCCAGAAGGUGUGUAGUUUCCAAACCAGGGUUAGAUCAUGAAACUAGUAUGCAUGGUGAUGCUUCGACUCGUGAGUUGCAUUUGUAUGAAGUGAUCAUUCCCUGCCUGGUGAACUGUGAUGGCAAGGUCACCUUGCAGAACAAGAGCUGCCAUGAGAAGGAUGAUCGCUACUCAUUGAAAUACUCCAAGAGGCGGCGCAUAGGUCCCAUACCAGAGUUCCAGACCAAAGCUGCAGUGUGCCAAGCAACUAUUCCUUGCCAGGUGAAGUCCGAAGGCAAGGUUAACUUGCAGAAUGAGAACUGCAAUACGAAGGAGGGCCGCUACUUAAUAAAGUACUCCAAGAGGCGCACUGGUUCCAAACUGGAGUUAGAUCAUGAAAGCAAUAUUCAUAAUGAUGCUCUGCACCUUCCAGAACCUGAUCCUGAAUUACCUAGGAAUCAUUUUGUAGAAUCUAGGACAUCAUCUAGUGCUUCAAUGAUAUCCUCUGUUGCCAGUGUACAGGCUUGUGCUUGUAUAAAUGUUUCCUCCACAAAGGAUCUCUAAGUUAGCUAGGUAAAAAGAUUCUUGAUUUAUCCUUAAACAUUAUAUGUCUAAUAGAAUUUCUAUUGUUGUAUGCUUGAAAUUCACUGCCAUUUGAUCUCAUAGUACUAUAUUAGCACACAUGCACUUUGUUACUUGACUCUUCAAUGUAACAUUUGGUAUUGAGGAUAAGUUCAUAAUUCGAGUUAAUUACAACUUUUCUGUAUGUAAUUGUUUGCAAAUUGGCAUUUUAAGUUACAUCAAGAUUAACUUUUUUGAGGAAACUCUGCAUAACAGAUGUUUAAGUAAUAUCUUGCUGCCAUAUUCCUUGGUGCAAUAAUUAGCAAAUAAACCAAAGACUAGACUUGGCUUGAUAAAGAGCUCAUGUGUAUUUAUGUGUCUCAUGUGACUACUAUUUCCUUGUCGUAUUCCUCUGCAGCUCCCCCCAACAAAAUUACUAUUAAAAACAACUAUUAGUAACAAAGCACAUUCAAUUCAGCUUGUUCAUGCAGCUGCCAAUCUGUAAAGGUUUCUCAUAGGCAUCAUGUGCCCAUUAGGAGAAUACUGUCUUUCUUUCUCAUUCAUGCAAAUGAAAACUUUAGGGAAACAUUGACUGGCACAUCAGAAAUCACACUUAAACCAAGAUGCAUGGACAGAUCAUUGGUAAGCAAUGAGACCUUUGUUUAGAUGAUGAGGUGCAGGUUGCUUUGAUUUGCUUCCUAAUGGUUCCAAAGGAAAAAUUGCUUCUUAGUGCCUCUACUUGCGUAUCUUUAUAGGAUUUGAUGAAAUUGGGGAAUCUGGCUUGGCAGAGUUUGUUCUCAAGCUAUGUAAUUACUUGACAGAGUUUCACUGCUGUUUCAUACUUGAAGAGUUGUUAAGCCAAGUAUUUGCAUGCAACACUUUGCAAGGGUUUUGCUUUGUUUGACAACUUGGAGGUAGAUGCAACUGAGGACCGUACACUAACUGACAUGCUUCAAAGAACUGAAUAAAUAUUUGAUUUUCUUUUUUCUUCUAGCUGAGACAGACCUUGUUCUUUCUAAGGUUUGUAAAUUUCUUGUUGAGUUCAUAUGGCUUAAUGGUAUUUGUGCUUAAUAAAUAUAAUGCAAUGCAACCUGUAGAUUACUCA